GCAACCGCACCACUUCUCCCGGGGGUUCCUCCCGGGCUGGGAGCUCCGCGCAUGCGCAGGACGGGGCUGCGCAGUCACCACGCUGCGUCGUCCCCUCCGAACCCUUCGCACCUGCGCCGCUGGGGUCCGGCCCGUGCCGCCGCCUCACCAUGGCAGACCCACGCUUAAGGCAGAUCAAGAUCAAGACCGGCGUCGUCAGGCGACUGGCAAAAGAAAAAGUUAUGUAUGAAAAAGAAGCAAAACAGCAAGAAGAAAAGAUUGAAAAAAUGAAAGCUGAAGCAUGUGAUGAAUAUGGAAUUAAGAAGCAGAUCGAGAUCUUACAAGAGUCAAGAAUGAUGAUUCCAGACUGUCAGCGCAGAUUAGAAGCUGCACAUGCAGAUCUUACUCAAAUACUAGAGAAUGAAAAAGAAUUGGAAGAAGCUGAAGAGUAUAAAGAAGCACGUUCCAUACUGGAGUCAGUGAAGCUGGAAGCCUAGAAGUUUUUCAGUACUCUCUUUAUAUUCAAUUUAGCACUGGGUCCAUUCCACACUUUCAUUUGACUACGGCUCUAUUACUAUCAUUAACUUGCUAAGGUUCCCUUUAUGCAAACUGGCCUUUCUUUAACCGCACGAUGCAUUAAAUAAAGGAUGUUCUGAAACAUGUAUUCCAAAUGUUAUUAAUAAUAGCUAAUAUACAGUACUUAAUCAAACAGUUCAGGCUAAGAAACAAAGUUUAGCUUUGUAAGGAAUGUGAGGAACCAAUAAAUAUGUGGGGAUGAAACAAUCAUAAAAUGUUUUGGAUUGGAAGGCACUGUAAAGAUUCAUGGGAUUCCAGGCCCCCUGCCCUGUAACAACCUGUACUGAAAGAGGAGUUAAAUGUAAAUGACCCCUCAAAGUCACCAGUCUUUUUCCUAUGAGGCAAUUUAUCUGUAAUUUAAUCUGACCUUAUAGCAACCUUACAAUAUCUGAAGGGAGCCUACAAGAAAGCUACGAAAGGCUUCCUAUGUGGGUGUGUAGUGAGCAGACAAGGGGAAAUGGUUUAAAACUUGAGGAGAGGAGAUAUAGGUUAGACAUUAGGAAGAAAUUCUUUCUUGUGAGGGUGGUAAGAUGUUGGAACAGGUUGCCCUUGGAAGUUGUGGUUAAUCCCUCCCUGGAAAUGUUGAAGGCCAGGUUGGAUGGGGCCUUGAGCAACCUGGUGUAGCAGAAGGUGCCCCUGCCCAGGCAGGGGGGUUGGGACUAGAUGAACUUUAAGGCCCAUUCCAACCCCAGCCAUUCUUAAUCUUCCUGGAACACCAAUUAAAACAUUAUGUACAAAUGCUGUCAUUCCUUUGAGAACAGCUUCUCUAAAUGGCAGACAGGAAACUAUUGUUGAACAAGAAAGCUUUUUACAUUCGUUUUUGUAGCUUGAAAGUGCUCUGGCAUGUUCCUUAGAGGCAACAUAAAGCACACUGUAUCUUUUGUGUGGUGCUAUACUGAAUACUCUUAAUAAAGUUUUUUGCUAAUU